CAUCUGCAAGAAGGGACAUCCUCUGCUCUGUUUGCUCUCCCCCCUCGAGCGGUCAGCCUCUCUCCUUCGCCUCUGCACGAAACCACCGUGAUGGCACCCAAGAAGCCAGAACCCAAGAAACCUGAGCCCAAGAAAGCCGAGCCCAAGAAAGAAGAGCCCAAGCCGGCCCCCCCACCCCAGCCAGAAGCCCCCAAGGAAGUUGAGUUUAAUCCGGCUAGCAUCAAAGUUGAAUUCAACCAUGACCAGAUUGAAGAAUUUAAGGAAGUCUUCCAGAUCUUCGACAGAACUCCAAACUGCGAAGGGAAAAUCACGUACGCACAGUGCGGAGACGUCUUGAGGUCUUGUGGGACAAAUCCUACCCAGGCAGAAGUUCUUAAGGUCCUCGGCAGGCCCAAACCUGAUGAAAUGAACUCCAAGAUGUUAGACUUUGACACCUUCCUGCCGAUGCUCCAGCACAUCUGCAAGACCAAAGACACUGGGACCUACGAGGAUUUUGUGGAAGGCCUGCGGGUUUUUGACAAGGAAGGAAAUGGCACCGUCAUGGGCGCUGAACUUCGCCAUGUUUUGGCCACUCUCGGUGAAAGGCUGACUGAGGAAGAGGUUGACAAGUUAAUGGCUGGCCAAGAAGACUCCAACGGUUGCAUCAACUAUGAAGCAUUUGUGAAACAUAUCAUGGCAAGCUGAAUGCCAGGUUAUGUCGACAGGAGCUGGUUGCUAACAUUGGAUUUCAACAGAAUCAGUGGAACAUAUCCAACUAUUUCCAGUCAGAAUUGAUGCUUAGAUUUCAUCAACUGCAUUAUGUUCGGGUGGUAUUCAAAGUUAGCCCUACUCAGAGUAGGUCUGUUGAAGUUAAUAGACACGACUGAGGCUGCAAUCCAAUGCACACUUACCUGGGAGUAAAUCCCAUUGAACACAAUGGAGCUUAUUUCUGAGUAGACAUAUACCAAAUUGCAGCCUGACUUAAGUUUAUGAAUUUUAAUUGGCCUACUCUGAGUAGGACUUAAUUGAAUACCACCCUUUGUUUCUGUCUUUUUGGGAUGAGUAUUUUUAACUUUUUUUGUCUCCCAGCCACCCUAAUCCUUGUGCCUGCCACCAUGUUGCGUCCUCUGCUUGGAACUGCCCUCCUAGGUUGGUUCUCCUGAAUCAUCCUAGCCUCCACUGUACGUCCAUUUUCCACUGACUGCUCUCUAUCCCAUCUCAUUCCUUUGAGAAUCUUUGCCUUCUCCCUGCUUUUAUCCUGUAAUGACAUCAAACCUCUGAUGUUGGGAUGCUGUGACUUCAGCAUUAUUUGCAGAACAUUGCUUGCCCUACAUUAGCUUGAAAUUUUAAUCAUUAUCUUCUACUACUAGUAACAGCAGAAUAGUAGGUUACUACUAUUAGUAAUAGUUAUUGUAGCUAACCAGCAAUAGUAGUAUUGUUCUAUAACUAGCAUUCUUUUACUACUGGAAUAUACUGCCACCCUGAGCUCCUCCUGGGAGGAAGGGCAGGAUAUAAAUCAAAUAAUAAAUCAAAUAAAUAAAAAUAGUAAUCUAUUAGUAAUAAUAGUAGCAACACAGUAGUAGUUUACUGCUAUUAGUAAUAGCUAUAGUAGCUAACCACUAAUAGUAGUAUUGUUCUAUAAGUAGCAUUCUAUUAGUAGAAUAUAAUAGUAAUCUUCUACUACUAUUGGUAGCAACACAGUAGUCAUUUACUACUAGUAGUAAUAGUAGCUAACUACUAAUCGUAUUUUGUCCUACAAGCAGUAUUCUUCUGUUACUGGAAGAUUAGUCAUCUUCUACCACUAGUAGAAGCACAACAGUCGUUUACUACUGUUAGUAAAACUGAUGAUAGGUAAUCAUUAAUAGUAGUAAUAACAAUCUUGGCCUCGCAUAUAAACAUUUGGCGCUCAUAUGUAGCUACGCUAAAUGGCUAUAUGAAGCGAAGCUACCUCUUGUCACAGGGAACCUAGCUGUUUCACAAAGGCUCAACUGGGGUGCACAAUCUCAUUUCUUAAACAGUGUCCGUUUUUUGGAGGAAUGGCUCACGGGCAAGGCAUCCCUCAAUGCCCUCCUUGCGGUGGGGUGCACAGUCAUCCAAAGAUGCUCUCAGACUUGUUGGGUCAGUGGGCCUGUGGGGGUACCACCCUCUUGAGCCAGCCACGCCCUCAAAUGUUAAGGAGGGAAAUCAGAGAUUUUGGGUCAGAGUCCUGGACUACACACUCCCAUGGUUGUGAACAAAAAUGCAAAGCAUGAUCCUAAGUGCAUGGAAAGAGCCAAUGCAAGUGUCAGCCACACAUACCGUACAAGUCAGACCAUUGGUCCAUCUAGAUCAGUAUGGGGGAAGGGCAAUAGCUCAGCAGUAGAGCCUCUGAUUUGCAUGCAGAAGGCCCCAGGUCCAAUCCCCAACGGUAGGGCUGGGAGAGAAUCCUGCCUGCAACCCUGGAUAGUUGCUGCCGGUCAGUGCAGACAGUACUGAGCUAGAUGGACCAAUGGUCUGACUCUGGAUAAGGCAGCUUCCUUUGUAUGGUUGACACUAACUGGCAGGGGCUCUCCCGGGUUUCAGAGAGGGGUCCAUCCCUGGAGAGGCCAUCAGGGAUUGAACGUAGGACCUUCUGCAUGCCAAGCAGAUGCUGUACCACUGAACCACAGCCCUUCCCCAGAAGAAGAGAGGGAAAAGGAACACCUCCACAGUACUUCCUUGUCGGCCUAGGAACCCGGGGACCGAAGGAGAGAAGUUGCAUCUGUCUAGCUACCUGGUCGCUGAUAACUAACGUUUUCCACUUUUUUCUGGCCGGCACCCGGAUAAUAAAUAUUUGCACCAUUGCA